CCAUAAAUUCUUCCAUAAACCAGUGAUUCAUUUCCCAACCCACACCCAAAACAAACAAACAAAAAAAAAAACAGAGAAACAAAAUCAUCAAAACCAGCAAAAACAACAAAUCAAAGGAUGUCUGGAGGAAUCAAGGUUGGGCACAUUGAUGAUGUCCAAGAACUGAGUGCAACUAAUCCCUCUCACAUCCCAGAAAGAUUCAUCAGAGACAUUUCAGAAAGGCCUUUUUCUUCUUCUUCUUCUUCUUCAAGUGACCUUAAAAUCCCAGUCAUAGAUCUGUCAAAACUGACCAUGGAGGACAAGAACAACUCCCCAGACUUCCACUCUGAGAUGCAGAAGCUCACUGCUGCCUGUCAAGACUGGGGAUUUUUCCAGGUGGUGAAGCAUGGGGUGGAGGAGGGGCUAGUGGAGAGGAUGGAGAAGGCGGCCAUGGAGUUUUUCAGGCUGCCUGUGGAGGAGAAGCAGAAAUACCCAAUGGUUCCUGGGACAGUGCAGGGGUAUGGGCAGGCAUUUGUGUUCUCAGAGGACCAGAAACUGGAUUGGUGCAACAUGUUUGCACUUGGGAUUUUGCCACAUUCCAUUAGGUGCCCUCAUCUCUGGCCCUCCAAACCACCCACAUUCAGUGAGACAUUGGAGGCGUACUCGAAAGAAGUGAGGGAACUGUGCAAACAAGUGCUGAAAUGCAUAGCCACGAGUUUGGGAGAGAGGGAGAAUGUGUUCGGAGAAAUGUUCGGCGCCGCCGUACAGGCGGUGAGGAUGAACUACUACCCGCCGUGUCCGUCGCCGGAGCUGGUCAUGGGGCUGAGCCCCCACUCGGAUGGGAGCGCGCUGACGGUGCUGCAGCAGGGCCUGUUUGGCAACUCCGUUGGACUUGAGAUUCUUAAAGGCAGUUGUUGGGUCCCUGUUCGACCCCUUCCAAACGCUCUUGUCAUUAACAUUGGCGACACCAUCGAGGUUCUAACAAAUGGAAGAUACAAAAGUGUGGAACAUAGGGCAGUGACCCACAAGGAAAAGGACAGGCUCUCAAUAGUCACCUUUUAUGCCCCAUCCUACGAAAUAGAGUUGGGCCCAUUGCCGGGCCUUGUGGAUCAAACCCACAACCCGCCCAAAUACAAACGUUAUAACCACGGAGAUUACAGCAGGCAUUACGUCACCAAUAAGCUUCAAGGCAAGAAAACCUUAGACUUUGCCAAGAUUAUCUGAAAUUGAUUUUUCGAUUCAGCUAUGCAGUAUACGUAUUUGUUAAAUUUGACAUUUUCAAGUUAAAUUAGACAAACUUUAAGUUUCAAUUACUCCCGAUUUGUAUUACAUAUUACUCGAGUUUUACGAUGAAAUAAAAUUUUUAUAGUUUUCAAUAAAAUAAAUCUAAUAAAUUUAUUUUUUUUUA